GGACGCAGCGAUGCUGCCCUUAGAACCACCGCAGCCGGGCGCAGCGUCUUUCCUUGUGCCUCUGAGGUUGGCACGGAGAUGGAAACUGGAAGAGCUCCUAAGAGCAGAUUCCUAAAAGCGCGCAAUGAAGGCGUACAGGGAAGCCAGCAGUGCCAGACCUCAGCGAGUGCUCCGCAGGCAGCCAGCAGACACGUAGCAAAGAGCACCCCGGGUAGCACUUCCCACACGCGGUUGAGCUCAGCUCUGAGGAAAGUGGCACAACUAGAAAGCAAAAUCAUGAAUCGAAAAAAGCAGAUGGAGCUGCAAAACACUGGCUUGGGCCAGAAGCCUUUGGAUGAAGAGUCCUUCUCAUCGGCUUCCAGUCACGAACACGGUGCAAGGGGCAAGAAAUACCUGAAGAAUUACGCUGCUGCCAGUGGAAACACGGCCCCCAGUAAUGCCCGAUCUGAGGAAGAGGAAAGCAUCCACAGCCCUAAAAAGAAUGUUAGGGUUAAACAACAGCGUGGUUUGGAUAGUGAGGAAGAGGAAAUGAGAGAAUUGGUGGAGAGCUCUUUGGAGUUUGCCAGUGAAAAUGAGAAUCGGAGGGUUGUUAGUAAGACUCCAGUUUCAUUGGGAAUGCCUCCUCCAGCUCAGAAGGAAAGUUCACUGACAGAGGUACCAAAAGCAUCUUGUUUUCGCAGCAGAGACUCAGAGAAAAAUGGUGUUGGCAGAGUUAAUUCACCACCAACUUCACCGGCCAGCAGAAACCUGUCAGUACAACGUAACGUGGGAUCUCAGUCGCUCUCUUCUUCCAUGAAAGACAAUACUGUAAAGAUUGCUCUGCCUAGCAGAGGCAAGGCCAAGCAAAGCCAAAUAUCACUUGAAAGUGACAGAAGUGAAAUCAAAUCGUUAGAUGAAUUGUUUACAAAAGCAGCUGAUGCAGAAGAUCCAGCUAGCAGCAGCUCGGACGAUUUCAGGCUGAAUAUCCUCAGCCUUGACGAUUUGGCACCAAAUAUCACCAGUGAGGCGACAGAAUUAAAGCAGAAAGGGACAGACAUCCAAAUUACUGCAGAAUCAAACAGAAAUCCAACAAAAGAUAUAUUCCUGGCAGAAAAAGACCAAACUGCUCGGAAAAUGACAACUGCAGUAACUGGCGUGAAUGAGGCUUCUGAGGGGGAUAUUGAAAAAACUGUGACUGAAGAUGAAAUCUCUGAGCAUUUAGUUGGAGCUUCUUCAGGUUUUUCUGGAGACAAACAGGAUUACCUUGAUGACAGAACUGUUAACUCAGAAUAUUCUGAAGACUUUGAAAAGUCUCCGUCUACAACAGACAGGGAAUCUGGAUGGAAGACAUCAGAGGAACAUUCUGAGAGCUGCACGCGUCCUGGCCGACAGCCGUCUGCGGCAGCACCACCGCUGCGUACCAGAGAGAGGCACGGCCACGUGCAGAGAGUAACCCUCAAAGAAACUGCGGUUCAGACAGUGGAUUCUCCAUGCACCUACUGCUGGUCAAUGGCAAAUGCCUCUGCGGUGCUUGACCCCCCCGUAGGGAACUGCUGCAUCGACCCAGCGCCUAUUGCCAGUCACGUCAUCGGCAGGGAUGCAGUAGAAGCACUGACAGCAUACAGCCCCUCAGUUCUUGUCCUAAACGCCCUGUUGAAACAGCACUUGAUGUUGACUCAGCAGUUUGUGGAGAACAUUCACCACCUUCACGUCUCCCUUGUGGAGUCACUAGAGAGCGAGAGGUUCCACUACCAUACCUUGGAAGAGGCUAAAGAGUACAUCAGGAAUCACAAAUCCCCGCCUCUAACAAUUGAGCAAGCACGUGAAGACGUUGAGAAAGCACAGGAGGAAAAACUGCUUUGA